AUGGGAAUGGAGAAUUCGUCUAGCCGGAGCAAACUCCUCGCGCUUCUCAAGACGUGCGGCGAUGCCAAGGAUCUGUGCAUGGGCAGGCAGCUCCACGCCACCAUCGCGCAAGGCGUGGUGGCGGAGGACACCUUUGUGGCAAAUCUGCUGGUGCAAAUGUAUGGCAAGUGCGGGGACGUGGUGACUGCCCAACGCGUGUUUGACGUGAUGCUCUCACCCAAUGUUUUCUCAUGGACGAUGCUCAUCACCGUCUACGCCCACAACGGCGACCUCGAGGCCGCCAAGCACGUCUUCGACAUCAUGCCCAAUAGGAACAUCGUCGCCUGGAACACAAUGGUGACAGCAUAUGCCCAGAACGGGCAUCUGCUAGAAGCGAGGCUGGUGUUCGAUCGAAUGCCCAGAUGGGAUGUGGUCUCCUGGACGGCGAUCCUCAUCGCAAAUGCCCUUCACGGUUUCCUCGACAGAGCUACCGGCGCGUUCAACUCCAUGCCGGAGAAGAACCUCGUCUCUUGGACGGCGAUGCUCUCUGGAUAUGCCCACCACGGGCAUCUGGACGAUGCCAAGCGGAUCUUCGACGCAAUGCCCGAGCGAAACCUCGUGUCCUGGAACACAAUGUUGCAAGCUUUCGCCGAGUCCGGGCAAUUGGAAGUGGCAAACUCGGUGUUUAAGUCCAUGCCCGCAUGGAACGUCCCGUCGUGGACGUGCAUGCUAACAGCAUAUGCCCAAGCGGGGCGUAUGGAAAAGUGUCGAGGCUUGUUCGAGUGUAUGCCCGAGAGAGAUCUCGUCUCGUGGACUGCGGUGGUGCAAGGUCACUCGGACAAUGGCGACGUCGAGGGCGCAAAGUGUCUCUUCGAUGCGAUGCCCGGGAGAGACAUCGUCUCCUGGAACGCGAUGCUCCUUGCCUAUGCCCAGGUUGGUCACGUCGAGCUCGCAGCUGGAUUGUUUCACGCAAUGCCCGAGUGGAGCUCCGUGUCGUGGGUGUCGAUGCUCGAGGCUUUCAGGCAGGCGGGCGAUCUCGAGAGAGCUCGCUCGUUCUUCUCCGCCAUCUGCAAUGGAGAUGUUAUCGUCUGGACUGCCAUGAUCGCAACGUACACUCAGAUCGGAAGUGUGCAUGGAGCGAAGGCCACUUUCGACUCCAUGCCCGGGAGGCAAGACGACGUCGUUGCUUGGACUUCCAUGGUUGCCUCGUACGCUCACUUCGGCCUGAAGCACCAGUGCGAGGCCUUGUUUCGGGAGAUGAUUGCUCUCGGAAUGACCCCGGACGGUGUCGUGUUCAUGAGCCUGCUCGUCGGAUGUAGUCACGGUGGCUUGACGGAGCAGGCGUGGGGCUGCUUUCGAACCAUGGAGCACGACUACGGCGUGGUGCCACGGAAGGAGCACUACUGCUGCUUGGUUGAUAUCCUGGGUCGAUCUGGGAGGCUCAAGGAAGCCGAGGAGCUCACGGACACCAUGCCUUUCCUGCCGUCUGGGAUCGAGUGGGGAAGCCUGCUCGGGAGUUGUCAGCUCCAUCGGAAUUUCUUCCAGGGAGCUCGCGCUGGCGACCGGCUCAGUUCCUUUUUGAAGCAGCCCCGCGGGAGCUCACCGUCUCUUGAGGUUCUCACGGGUGCUGCUGCUUAA